AGGGGGGCAGGGGCAGGAGGGGGAGCAGGAGGAGGGGGAGGGGAUGGACGCCUUCAUGGACCAGUUCAAACAUCAGAGAUACAGAGCGGGUUUCAACGAGGACAACUGGGAGGAGGAGUUUGACAAUAUUCCCAUGUUCAUGAAGAAGGCACCAGAGGAAAUCGAUCCAGUGAAGACUCCGGAACUUGCUUGUAUCCAGACCAUUCUGUACGAUGAAGACCAAUCACCAGAAGAUCUUGCAAAAACAUACAAAGAUGAAGGGAAUCAUUACUUCGGGGAAAAGAAUUAUAAGAAAGCCAUCAUCUCGUACACAGAAGGGCUUAAGAAGAAAUGCAGUGAUCCCAAUCUUAACACCGUACUCUACACAAACCGAGCCGCUGCACAUUUUCACUUAGGUAACAAUCGAUCUGCAUUAAAUGAUGCGAUAGAGGCUAGGAAGCUGAAGCCGGACCAUCUGAAAGCGAUAAUCAGAGGUGUCCUGUGCCAUACUGAGCUGAAAGAUUACAGUAAGGCCAUAAUGUGGUGCAACGAGGGGCUCCAGGUUAAUCCAAAGGAGAAACAAUUGGUGGACCUGAGAUCGAGGGCUGACAAACAGAAGCGUGUGGAAGAGAGGAAUGCAAGGAAGGCAAAGUUGAAGGAAAAGAAGGAACAUUUGCAGAAAGAAGCUCUACUGAAAGCCAUUGAGGAAAGGAAGAUCAAACUGUUUCGAUCUCAGGAAUGUUUCAGUCGACAUUCAGAUGAGGAGGAGGAGGAAAGAGUGUCAAAAAACUUGAUGGAUUUGUCGUUUGAUGGUACAGAUGCUGAGAGUGCUACCGGUGCCAGGGUGUACCUGGAUGAAAAUGGCAACUUGCAGUGGCCUGUCCUGUUCCUCUACCCUGAGUACGGGCAAACCGACUUCAUCUCAGCAUUUAACGAAGACACACGGUUUAUUGAUCACUUAUCAGUGAUGUUUGAUAAAGACUUGCCCCCCUGGGACGUGGAGAAAAAAUAUCAGGCAGAUCGUUUAGAGCUGUAUUUUGAAGAUGAAGAAAGAGAGGAUCUGUUUCGAGUGAACCCUGACUGUACCCUGCGGCAGGUACUGAGCCACCCCAGGUAUUUUGUGAAGGCUGGCUCUCCUAAGUUCAUUAUUCUGGUCAGGGGCUCAUCAUAUUCCUUGGAAUUUUUGUCUGGGAAGAAACUUCAACAAGCAAGUUGAGCUGUUUCAAAAUCAUCCAUAGAUGUGGCCAUCAACUGGAACGAGCUUUCUUCGACCAUCAAGCAAGCAGAGGAAGAGGACAUUUUGCCACGUGCUAAUGAAUGUAUGAGAAGAUGGAAACGUCGUAGAAGGGGAGGGGAAAAAAGACGAUGUCAAAGGUGAAACACUUCAAUAAAGAAAAAAACCUGAUGUGUUUAACUGCAA